AUGGCGGCAAUGAAUGUGCCGCCGCAGCCAAAAGCAAGCGUUCCUGUUCCGAAAUCCGGCGCCGUUUCCAAAGGCUACAACUUUGCUUCUAAUUGGGAACAAAAUGCUCCAUUGACAGAACAACAACAGGCAGCAAUAGUUGCUCUUUCUCAUGCAGUUGCUGAGCGGCCAUUUCCGCCUAAUUUAAAGUCCCAAGAGCAUGUAGCAGGAGGAGAUAAUGGUCUUCCCAUUUCGAUGAAGGAUGAUAAUGUUGAAGAUUCUAGUGCCAUUGAGACUGUACUUGUGAAUACUAAUCAGUUCUAUAAAUGGUUUACGGGUCUUGAAGCAGCCAUGAAAUCUGAGACAGAAGAAAAAUAUCAACACUAUGUGAGCUCAUUAACAGAGCAGAUACAGACAUGUGAUGGCAUACUCAAUCAGGUGGAUGAAACUCUCGAACUAUUCAAUGACCUACAAUCGCAGCAUCAAGCUGUGGCGAUAAAGACUAAAACUCUUCAUGAUGCAUGUGACAGAUUGCUUAUGGAGAAGCGGAGAUUGAUUGAGUUUGCAGAAUCACUGCAUAGUAAGCUGAACUAUUUUGACGAACUGGAGAAUGUUGCGACCAGUUUUUAUUCUCCCAGCAUGAAUGUUGGAAAUGAGAACUUUCUUCCUUUGCUCAAGAGACUUGACGAAUGCAUAUCGUAUGUGGAAAGUAAUCCACAGUAUGCAGAAUGCAAUGUGUACUUGGUCAAAUUUCGCCAACUGCAGUCCCGUGCUCUGUCGAUGAUUCGUGCUCAUGUUCUUUCUGUUCUUAAAAGUGCGUCUUCUCAGGUUCAAGCUGCUAUCAGGAGCAGUGCUGGUGGCAAAGCUGCUAUCUCUGAGGCUGUUGAAGCAUCUGUUAUUUAUGUUCGCUUCAAGGCAGCAGCUAACGAGCUUAAACCGAUAUUGGAGGAAAUUGAAAUCAGAAGACCCAGGAAAGAAUAUGUCCAGAUUCUUGCUGAAUGCCACAAAUUAUAUUGUGAACAGCGUCUCUCCUUGGUCAAAGGCAUAGUUCAGCAGCGGAUAUCAGAAUUUUCUAAGAAAGAAGAAUUGCCAUCCCUAACGAGAUCAGGAUGUGCAUACCUUAUGCAGGUGUGUUUGCUCGAACAUCAGCUUUUUAGUUACUUUUUCCCUUCAUCGUCAGAGGAUAUUUCAAGCUUGGCUCCUCUGACAGACCCUCUGUGUACUUUUCUGUAUGAUACCUUACGGCCAAAACUGAUUCAUGAAACGAAUCUUGAUGUUCUGUGUGAACUUGUUGAUAUUCUAAAAGUUGAGGUUCUAGGAGAGCAGUUAAGCCGACGAGGUGAAUCAUUAGCUGGGCUACGGCCAACUAUAGAUAGAAUCUUAGCUGAUGUUCAUGAGCGGUUAACAUUUCGUGCUCGAACACAUAUUCGGGAUGAGAUUGCAAAUUAUCUUCCUUUAGAUGAAGAUUUAGACUACCCCUCAAAGCUUGAGCAGUCUGCUGAACAGAAAACAGAAUCUACAUCUAAUGAUCAAAAGUCAGAUGUUUCUCACACUUGGUACCCUCCCUUGGAGAAAACAAUAUCAUGUCUAUCGAAAUUGUAUCAGUCUUUGGAACCAACAGUCUUCACCGGUCUGGCUCAGGAGGCUGUGGAGUUUUGUUCCAUAUCUAUUCAAAAAGCUAGUAAACUUGUAUCAAAAAGGUCAUCUACAAUGGAUGGACAGCUUUUCCUGAUAAAGCAUCUUCUUAUCCUAAGAGAGCAGAUUGCACCAUUCGAUAUAGAAUUUUCAGCAACAUAUAAAGAACUCGACUUCUCUCAUAUGCUGGAGCAAGUGCGAAGAAUUCUCAGGGGACAGACUAAUCUUUUUGAUUGGUCAAGAUCUACUUCAUUGGCCAGGACACUAUCUCCAAGGAUUUUGGAAAGUCAAAUUGAUGCAAAGAAGGAACUGGAGAAAAGCCUCAAAGUCACAUGUGAGGAGUUCAUUAUGUCAGUGACCAAACUUGUUGUGGAUCCCAUGCUUUCAUUUGUUACAAAGGUGACUGCUGUUAAAGUUGCAUUGUCAUCUGGAGUGCAAGAUCAAAAGAAAGAGUCUUCCAUUGCAAAGCCACUCAAGGAUCAGGCUUUCGCCACUCCAGAGAAGGUUGCCGAAUUAAUUGACAAGGUUAAUACUGCAGUACAGAAUGAGUUACCGAAAGUAAUGUUAAAGAUGAAGCUGUAUCUACAGAACCCGUCAACUCGUGCAAUUCUCUUUAGACCUAUUAAGACAAAUAUUGUUGAAGCACACGUUCAAGUUCAGUCACUUCUCAAAUCUGAAUACUCCAAGGAAGACAUAGAGAGCAUUAUGGAAAAGUUUUCCAUUCAGGACCUGCAAACUCAACUUGACAAACUUUUGUAG